ACAUCCGUCAAUCCUCCGCCAUUUGCGAAAGAAAGGCCGAUCGCUGCUCUGCAGCGCAAGUGUCAUCGGUUCGGAUAUGUCGAGUGUUUGAGAAAAUUGUUAUUUUCCGAAUUAAACUGUGUACUCGUGCUAUCAAUUAAACAGUUAAAAUGAUUGUGAGAUUUUUGAGCAUUCUGUGCUUUGGAGUUUUGGUGGCUUCGGCACACAGCGUCGAAGGAAACAACGACAAUGAAGACAUCCCAUACCUGGAGCUGGCGGAGCCUGACGAGGGCUACCACGGCCUGAUCCGGGAGAAUGAGACGCUGGUGGAGGUGACGCCCGCCAUCCGCGCACGCGGCCCGCUCUGCUCCUUCCUCAUCCUCAACAACAAGCACCACGGGGAGGCGCCGUUCGAGAUAAUGGUGAUCGACGAGAACGAAGCGCGUCUGCGCGUGCGUUACCCGCUCAACUGCGAGAAGCGCCGCAACUACAAGUUCGACAUCGCCGCCGUCGGCUGCGACGGAUCCUACUCUAACACAGUUCCGGUACACAUAACGGUGACGGACGUGAACGAGUUCGCGCCGGUGUUCAGCCAGGCGGCGUACGUGCGCUCCGUGGACGAGGGCGCGCUGUACCCCGAGCUGCUGCGCGUGGACGCCACGGACCGCGACUGCACGCCGCGCUACGGCGACGUGUGCAAGUACGAGAUCCUGCAAGACGGAGAGCGGCAACCCUUCGCCAUCGACGACGAAGGCGUGAUCCGCAACACAGAACCCCUGGAGUACGACAAAUCGCACAACCACAUCCUGUCGGUGGUGGCCUACGACUGUGGCAUGAUGCAGUCAGCGCCAGUCAUGGUCACCAUCAAGGUCAACAAGCCCUGCCGCGCUGGCUGGAAGGGUCUGGCGGAGCGCGUGGACUACGCGCCCGGCACGGGCCCGCUGGCGCUGUUCCCGGCGGCGCGGCUGGAGGCGUGCUCCAGCGACGAGCGCUGUCCCGGCGUCACGCGCAUCCAGGCGGCCGUCACGCUGCAGGCGUCGCGCGCCGGCGUGGCGUGCGACCGCGACACCUACACCGUGCACGCGCAGCGCUCCAUUUGCGGUUUGGACCAGAAGACAAUUGAUCUACUUCCCAGUCCUGGCGCUGGUAAAGAAUGGGCAAAAUCUUUAAAACCAGACUCAGAUCGCGACGGCGAGCAGAUGUUCGAGUUCGACGGCGAGUCGACGUCGGCCGUGGUGCCGGAGAGCGUGCUGAAGCACUCGCUGGGCAGCACGUUCGCGCUGUCCGUGUGGCUGCGGCACGCGCCCCCGCCCGACCACGACAAGCACCGCAAGGAGCACGUGCUCUGCCUGGCUGACGACCACAAAAUGAACCGACACCACUACGCGUUCUUCGUGCGCAACUGCCGUCUGAUUCUGCUGCUGCGGAGAGACUUCGGGGAGGGCGACCUGAACAUCUUCAGACCUGCCGAAUGGCGCUGGAAGCUGCCCGAGGUUUGCGACAACGAGUGGCACCACUACGCGGUGAACGUGCGCUUCCCCAACGUGGAGCUGUUCGUGGACGGCGAGCCGUACCGCGCCGCCGACGGCAAGGGGCCCGAGGUCAUCGACGACUGGCCGCUGCACCCCGCGCACGGCGUCAACACCACGCUCGUCAUCGGCGCCUGCUGGCAAGGCACGGAGAGCGACAUGAAGCAUCACAUGCACGGCUGGAUGGCCGGGCUCGGCCUGCUGCUGGGCGGCGUGCACUCGCCCUCCGAGCUGCGCUGCUGUGCGCGCUGCCGGGAGGGACUCAGCCUGGCGCCUGAUCUAUACCUGAAGUCGGUGUCGGUGGAGGGCGACGGGGCGGCGGAGGUGGAGACGCUGGUGCGGCGCGUGGCGUACGGCGACGCGCGCUCCUUCCCCACGCCCGGCCGCCGCAACGUGCACCUCGCCACCACCAUCACAUGCGACAAUGGACGCGUGAUCAAGGCGCGGCCGGCGGAGUCGUACGUGAUGGUGCUGGCGCCGCAGACGCCCACCAUCCUGCUGAACGGCAGCGCGGACGCGGCGCGCGACUACGCGCACUUCCGCGCCGGCCUGCCCGUGUUCCCCGACCUGCGGGUGCAGGUGCUGGCGCGCUCCGGGGACAACGUCAAGGAAGCCGAGACGCAAAAGCUGGACUCGUGCGUGGUGUCGGUGUACCCCGCGCUCAACCCCGACCACGAGGCGCUGGCGCUGCGCGGCGCGGGCGCGCUGCCCGCCGCCGACGUGCGCGCCACGCUCACGCGCGACGGCGUCAGCCUCACCGGCACCGACACCGUGCACAACUACCAGAAGAUCCUGCGCGAGAUCGAGUACAGCAACAAGAAGCCGGCCUACUACCUCAACCGAGUGUUCAAGCUCACGUGCUCCGAGCUCAACGGCCGCUUCACCAGCAACGAAUACGUGCAGACUCUGACAGUGGUGCACCCGCGCGCCGCCGGCGACGCUCACGCGCAGCGCCCCAGCGGGCUGGCGGACAAGCUGGACGUCGCGCGGGAGAAGUCUGCGGGCGGGCUGAGCGCGGAGGUGCCGGUGGCGCUGAACGUGCCGCGCGCGUUCGCGGCGCACGCGCUGCGCUCGCCGCACGCCGCCGACGUGCCCGCCGCGCGCGUGCUCGACCUGCACCCCAACCGCGAGCGCACCUCCACUAACGUGACAGUGCUGAUCGGCGCGGUGUGCGUGGGCGCGGUGGUGUCGCUGGCGGCGCUGGGCGCGGCGCGCGCGCGGGCCCGCCCCCGCACGCCGCCGCGCGCGCACCGCGUGCCGCCGCACGACAACGAGAUGGCCUGGGACGACUCCGCGCUCACCAUUACCGUCAACCCCAUGGAGGAGACGGCGGCGGAGCGCGCAUGCGCGUCUCACAGCGCGGCGCCGGCUGACAGCUCGGACGGUGACUCGUGCUCCGACUCUGACUCCGACCACAACGACUCCUCCGACGACGAAGAAGUUAUGGCCGGCAAGCAGCACAAGUACAGAAAUAUCAGCCAGUUGGAGUGGGACAACAGCACAAUGUAAUGCGCACACGCAUCCUUCCCCCCCAAACACUCACUCUCUCACUCCCCCUCGAAUUCACUCUCACCCCCUCGGCCGCCGCGCACUCCUCACAUACCCUCUGUAAUGUUAGUCUCAUGAUAUGACCAUUGUAUUGUAUAUUAAAUAAAUGUAAAGUAGAUAAAUCUACUACAUAUAAGGAUAAAAAUAGCUAUUUCGUCACCAGAUCAAUAACUGCCAUAUUUUAUUACGUGAUAGUAACGCCAUCUUUUAUCCAACUGAUCAAAAUGCAGUGUUUUUUUUAGCAUUUCGGGAACUAGUACAAAUGUAUAAUGUAAUGGAUUUACAUUACGGUGUUUGUGGUCGACAAAAAAUGCAUUGUUUUUCCUUAGAAAUGUGUUUCUGAAAAGGGAUAUAUGAUUUUUCUGGAAUAACAGUUGUAUUUGGAUUUAUAAGGAAAAUUUGCAAGAAAUGUUUGUAAGUAUAAAAAUAUUGCGGGGAAUUAUUAUCAAAUUAAUUGGUUUUUAAAAAAAAUCGCAGGUCGAUUUUUAACCAAUUUUGAAAGUAAAUCAUGGUUAUCUAUAUAGUGACCAAUAUUAAAACUGUAUGGGAGAAUCAUAAUGCCAUAUUCUAGAAAAAUAUUGUUUAAAGUAGUCUUUUAAUAAAUCAAAAAUAUAAUGGUCAUAUUAUAAAACCCGAGAUGCGUUAUUAUAGCAGUUUUAUAAAGGAAUUGAUUUCCUGUUAGACUAAAUUUUAAUGACAUAAUAUAAAUGUUUUGUACUUAAAUAUUUGAUUGUAUUGUGUGUAUGGCACAAAUUAGGAAAUUUAAGUCGCAUUUAUAAUUUUUAUAAGCGUCGCAUGGUUUUUAAAAAUAAACACUUCUAUAAAUAAUUAAGAAAAUAGUGGUUCCAUGGAAAAGGUUGACGAUAGUAUUCAAACGAAAAUUUUAAUUGUAUUAAAGUUUUUAUAAACCUUCUUAAAAACGUCUUAUAAGAAAAUUUAUUCUUUUAAGAAUAAACUUGGUGACACUAUUUUCUUAAGAUUAAUGAAAUUAUAAACUGAAAUUAAACGCAACACUAUAAAUCAUUGCACUUGAGGACAUUUUCAUGUGUAGAUAUAAUUUGCGAGAAAUUAGACGCGAUUGUCGCGUUUUGCGCAAUAUACCUGUUUAGUUGCACAAACACUAUCAUAAUAUAUCGCCUUCUAUAAGAAACGCAUAAACACCUAAGAGUAUGUGAUUUAACAAAUCUAUGUCGUCUACGUAAGUUUGCCUUAAGUGUACGUAGCGACAAUUGCGUCGCCAAGAUGCGACAAUCGCGGUGCCAAGAUGCGACAAUCGCGUCGUAAUUAUGCUCUUUUGCUGCACGUAAAAAUGUCGUGUGUACUCUUUGAAACGCAACAUGUUUUUUAAAUGUAUUUAUAUCAUUAAACUAGUUGACUCAUCCGGUAGCGCACGUGGGGGUACUAUAUGUGUAAUUAAGUCUCAAAAAAAUGAAUCAUAUCAAAUUUAUACGUAAACCAUGAUUCCCUCGCUUGCUUUCGUAGAAACGACUGUUGUUCAGUGCAUAGACGAUACCAUCUUUUCUACACUUCUAUAUAUUGAAACUGAUUUAAAACUAAUUUUAAUGCGUACUGGUACGACAUGACUAGAUACGGCACGGAUUGCAAUGGAUGGAAAGAUAAAAUAUAGUAAAGCUAGACUAAAUAGUAAAGCCGACUAAUUCCAUGGAGUUUAUUUCUACACCGUCUUUUGAUUCAUCAUUAUGAGGUAAAAUUAAUUGUCGAGAUAAAAUAACAACAUAUAUAUUAUAAAUGAAAGAAAAUAAUUUAUUGGGUAUUUUGUGUUAAAAUUAGUUCUAAAUCAGUGUUCCUGCUAAUCGUGAAAAUUAAAAAAAAAGUUGUACCUAUGUAUCAAACAGUAGUCGUUAUUUGGUAUGGAGUCGAUCUAUUGUAAUCUAAGUGGGUUUUAGUACAUAAGUGAAAUACUAUGUGUAUGUAUAUUACUUCACUUCUAAGACGCUUCGCCGUACAGCUGUAUAAUAUUACUUUUUUUUAACUGUCUACCUAUAUUUUAAUUGUAUGUGACCAGUGGCGCCAUCUUUUAUCCAACAGUUGUAGACGCCAUGUUUUUUUAGCAUUUAUUGUGUAGUACAAGAACAAAAAUUGAGGCGGGUUUAUAUUGCGGUUUUUGUGGGCUGCCAACGGCUUAAUUUACGCGUGUGUAAGAAAUGGUCUUUUAAUGUUAAAAAACUAACAAAAUGCUGGAUAACUGCCUGAUACGAUGACAAUAUUUAUGUGUGGAGCAGUGGCGUGCAUUUGGUUUUUAACUAGAGUAUGCACUAUGUGAAUAAAUUGUACAAAAUGGGAAAUCUUUCUCCAAUGAAGGGUUCGUAAUGAAUCCUCAGGGUAGGCUAUUCAUUCUUGUAUCUAUGGUGUGCACGUCACUGGUGUGGAGUAUGAAAUUCAGAAUUUUCAUCAAUCAUGUGUUAAUACACAUGAUUGAUAUUAAUUAAUAUUAAAUUAUUAACGAUAUAUGGAAAAUAUUAUAUUCAACUUUUAUAUCUUUAGGGCCGUUUAAUUGACCGAAUGUAAACUCGCCUUUAUAUAGUACAAGAGCGGACGUAAGUUCGUCGCAUUUUUUACGUAACGGUACAAAAACACUUCACGCAUAGAUUUUAAAAGUUUUAUUAUUAAUUAAUUAUCAUUAUUAUUAAAUAAAAAAAAUAUGUCCACUUUUCACCCCUUACGAGCUUCUCAAACAAAAAACGGCUUAAAUGUAUAUUAGGCACAGAGUUAUUUGAAAAAAAAAAAUUACAUAGAUGUACUAUACUAUACACUUACUUAUACAAAAUAUCGUUUUAGGAUCAGCUACUAUAUGUACUAAGUAUAUAUAUAAUAAUUAUAUAUAUAUUUUGAAUGCGUUAAGGGAUUUUUACUAACAUUUAGGUAUUAAGCUCCGUGGUAGGUUGACGCCGUUAGGACGCUCGCAGACUGCAGACUUUUCAUCUUACGACAGUUUAGUCGGACUUUGGAACCGAUCAAAUCGGGUCCUCGCUCUGUCAACGUAACUGCUUGGUGUGUUUUGUGACGUUAGAUUUGACAAGUUAUCGUAUAAUUGUCAAUUUUGACGUCACAAAUUAAGAUUGUGUCUCAAUUAACGUGUCAAAACGAAUGUCAAAUGUCGGUGACCAUUACUUAAAAUCAGGCAAUUCGGGUUGUGUUUAUUUGAAAAUUGCAGCCAUUUAACAGAUAAAAAUAUUUGUAACUCAAUACGCGUGGCGUGGUAUAGUGUGAAUAAUUCUUUGAAAUUCUACAAUAUUCUCGUAUGAAAAGAUGAAUAGAAACAAUUAAAAAAAGAAAAUAUUUGUUGAUAGCAAAAUAAAUAAAUCAUAAUAAUGUGCAUCUCAAACAUACUGAAUGUCCGUGUGGCGUAAAGUCUGUAGACUGUGGGAGCCCUUAGUUGUAAGAGUAGUUAAGUUUCAUUCCUUCGUUUCCGGCGCGGCGGUGUUGCCGUCCCUCUCGCGCGCCGCCCGCCCGCAUAGCUCUGUCCCUCUCUAGGGGUUUGCAUAUCAGGUUAGUUUGCCAUACUAGUUAUUAGUGUCCGACUUUCAGAACCGCGACUAAAGCAUAGGAAUGUAUACAUUUUUUGACAAAAUUUUAAAUUUAAGUUAAAUGUUUUUUUACGCCAGCCAUGAAAUAUUUUGGGGAACUGUGGAUUUCGCAGUUUGGUUUACUUAUUUUAUUGCGGUGAAUCCAAUGGGGAUGUGUUUUAAAUCAGUUACACAGUUCGUGUUUGAGUUUAAUAGUAAUAUACUCAGAAGCACAAUUAUCCGUCCUUUUUAAUAGACGCGAGUAUAUUAAAGUGGGCGGAUAACUGUGCCUCUGAUUAUACUAAUACUCAACUUAACUUUUUAUUAAUUAAAUCAGCCGCGACUAGCCUCGCUCUAAAAGGUUUCAUAGUGGUUCAAAUGAGUGAAAUUAGUCACUGAAGGAAGGUCUAGAAAUCUGCCUUCUAGGUUAAAGUCUAGGGCAGGCUAGACCUAGGUCAAAGUCUAAGGCAUCGAUUAGGCUCGAUGCAAAAAGAUUGAGAGAUUUUUUGACUUUAGUAGUUCUUUUCUAGCAAAACUAAAAGUCUUUUGAAGUUCAGGAAAUUAGCUGAAGGCCUAGAAUCAAGGUCCGAAAUCAAGGACAGCUGUUUGGGUAAAUCCCAAAAAGAUUGUAUGAGAUAUGUUCCGCGCUUUAGCAGUUGUUCUGAAUGUCGGACUGUACAGUAAGCAAUUGUGACAUAAUCAUUGAUGUUCCGUGGAUAGUUGACGUCAGAAAUGUUGUAUUUUUCUCUCUCGUGUACAAACGCGUUGUUUUGUUGACAUGUCUGUUGUGUUGUGUGCCCGUUAGGACGUUUUAUGUAUAUUUUUAAUUAUGAUUUGGGACUGUAUUGAGAACGCUAUGUUAGGAAAAUAUUAAAAAUUAAGUAUUGGAAUCAAAUUUUAAAUGACUUGAAAGGUUAAUACCGAUUAUAAAUCUGACAGUUCCAGUUCGAUUCCCACCCUUUGCUUCGUUGUAACCAUUCUUGCGUUAAUAAUGGCUUUUCACUUAGUCGCAGGGAAAGGGGAUAUUCGUCAUGUUUCAAAUGUAUGGCAAAUUAUGCUAGGUAGACGUUACAAUAUAUGACGUUACAAAAUGUCGGAUAAACAUCCAAUGUCAAUAGAAGUGCCAGACCUUUGCAUAAAACAUGACGUCAUAAUUAUCUGGCCUAAGUGACGUGAAUGUCAAAUACCAGACAUUCUGGUUGCGAUCUCAAACUUGUCCCCUAGACAUUUUGGUAAUUUUGAAAAAUGGGUGAUAUUCGUCAAAAUGGGCACAAGGUUAGUGCAAGCGAGCCAUGCGUUUAGGAAUUUUGAUUUAUCUUGUUUUACCUAGUGCCAUUAAAAGUUGUUUUUAAAACUAAAUGUGAUUAUAUCUUUGUGAGGUUCCUAAACGCAAGACUGCGCUGUGGUUGAUCGUUUUUAUUACGUUUCCGUUUGUUUGGUUGGGUUUGUAUCGACUCGGCGACCGUCCAAUGACCAAUCCCGGUACUUCUUGUGGACUGAACGGCCUGCGAUGAUCAGAUCUUCGUAUAUUUUAUAAAAGCUGAAAGUUGAUUCAAUAAGCCCAUGCUCUCAACAGAUAUACGGUGAGCAAAUAUGAAGUAUGGACUUUGGAUUGUGGUAGCUUAGGCAGCUUACAGGUUUAAAGUGUCCAGACACAAUUGUCCAAGCAUAGAACGUAUUUUUUUAUACUUUCUAUGGAAUAUCGUGUGUAAUCAUGUCCCUAACCGACAGAGAUUUAGCCUUUCGUGACAACUCUAAGUCAGAGACCCUUAAAAUUAGAUCUUUUUGUUUCUUCUAAGGGUUAUCACCAAACUGAGUAACUAGCGGUUAGAAACUUGCUAUAUCAUAUUAUGUCGGGAAAAAUAUAAACUAUGAUUUAUACUUUUUGGACUGUUCAGGGUCUAGAUUAUUGACCUUUCAAAGCCGCCAUUAUUAUUAUCCAUACUCCAUAAUUACCAACCGUACUUACCUACAAUAGAAGCAUGGACUGACAAACUUUCAAAUUUUAUAAAAUCGCAAAGGACUGGCCACACAGGCACUCAAUCUACUGUUAUUUUUUAAGAUCUGACACUUUAUAUACUUCUGCCACGGCUCAAAAUAUAGCACAAAAUGCAGGCGUUUUGAUUUCUUUCUAACUAUAACGAAAAUGUAUUUCGAGGUAGCUACUUACGUGUCUAACAUUUUUAUAUUAUUUUAUUUUUACAUUAUUAUUAUUGAAUAAUGCAUUAUUUUCUUUUUUAUUUUAUUUUACUUAUUAUUGCGGUAUUAUUACUGUAUACUUAGAUAUCUUCUUUGAUGUAUGAAUUAUUAUAUUUUAGCUAAAAAUAAAGUUGGUUUAAAACAA